GGAAGGGGCGCAAUGCUCUCCCCCCGCUCUUCCAGGAGGCUGGGACAAGCCUGGGCAGCAACAGGGACAGCUGGGAACCUCCAAAACCUGAAGAAAUUUAAUGACCAGGACUUCAGCCGCCUGCGAGCCUCAUGCUUGAGCCAAGGCCUGCUCUUCGAGGAUGACACCUUCCCAGCUCAUGUCAGCUCCAUCGGGCCCAMCCUGCUUCCAGAGAGAAAGCAGGGACUUGUUCAGUGGAAAAGGCCAAUUGAGCUCCAGGGAAAUCCUCAUUUGAUCGUGGAUGGAGCUAGCAGAUUUGAUAUUAUGCAAGGAAAAAUAGGUGACUGCUGGAUGCUGGCUGCCCUGGGCUCCCUGACACUGCGGAAGCAAUUGGACAAUGUUUUACCAARGGACCAAGGAUUCCAGAAGGAUUAUGCUGGGAUUUUUCAUUUCCGGUUCUGGCAUUUCGGAGAGUGGGUGGAUGUAGUGAUAGAUGACCGACUGCCUUUGAUAAAUGGGAACUACCUGUUUGUACAUCCUCGAACAUCAAAUGAGUUCUGGCCAUCCUUGCUGGAAAAAGCAUAUGCCAAAUUGCGAGGCUCCUAUGAGAACUUGCAUGGAGGCUACAUUCCUGAUGCUUUAGUAGACUUUACAGGUGGAGUCCAAGUACAGUUUUCAUUAAAGGACCCACCUUCUGACCUGGAGGAGAUACUGAAAGCAGCUGACAGGUCACAGUGUCUGAUGGGGUGUAGCACCUCAGGACAGCUGAGGAACAUAGAACUGAGAAAUGGGAUUGUGCAGGGUCAUGCCUACACCAUCACAGGAGCUAAAGAGAUACUCUACAAGAACGGUUGGCAGCACAUCAUCAGAAUCUGGAAUCCUUGGGGCCGUGGGGAAUGGAAGGGCCCCUGGAGUGAUAAAUCUCCUGAGUGGGAUUAUGUUGAGCCUAAGUGCAGAGAAGAACUCUACAGACAAAAAGAAGAUGGCGAAUUCUGGAUGUCCUGUAAGGACUUCCAGCAGCAGUUUUCCUGGCUGUAUAUAUGCAACAGCACCCCAACGUUUUUGGACUUCGGAGAUCACAGCUACACCAGGUGGUCUGUGGACAAGCACAUCAGCACCGGCAGGAGCAACUAUUCCUCAGGUGCACAUUCAAGGAACCCUCAGUAUUUCUUCAAAGUGACAGACUAUGAACCCAAAAGCUAUAAUGUGGUCAUUUCACUCAUACAAAAAUAUGCUGAUAAUACACAGGAUGCACAGAAAUUGAACAUAGGCUUUUUGAUCUWCAAGGAGAACUCCGGAGUUCUAAAACAAGACUUUUCCCUAGCCAGAGAUGUAACCAACCACUUUAUCCUCAGCCCAGGAACUUAUGCUGUCCUUCCUGUUGCAUCAGAAAACCAACCAUUUGAAUUUCUUCUACGAAUUUUUCUGAAGAAUCAAGACUACAAUGAGAAGCCAAACUACCUGCCCAGCCCAGUGUUGCCAAAGGAGGAACCGAGAGUCGACCAAGACAGCUCCUACAAGACUAUCUUCCUAAGAUAUGCUAAUCAGGACUCGGGUAUUGAUGCCUCACAGCUGCAACAACUCCUUAAUGAAGAGGUCCUGCAAGACGAAAUGGCCAGCCUGGGAGGAAGAUUCAGCUUCGAUUCGUGCAGAGGCAUUUUAGCGCUGAUGGAUCUCAACUCCAACGGAUGGCUCACGCUGCAGGAGUUCGGGAGCCUCUGGAGGCGCCUGGCUAAGUACACGGAUAUUUUCAAAAGGGAGGACAGAAAUCGUUAUGGAUUUCUUGAUGCCUCAGAGCUGAAGAGGGCGAUACGUGCAGCAGGUCUGCCCGUCAACCAGCAGCUCCUGCGGCUGCUGGCCCUGCGCUACGGCGAUGCCGCCGGCAGGAUCGGGCUGUGCGACUUCAUCUGCUGCCUGCUGCGCCUGGAGACCAUGACCUAUGCAUUUCAAAACCUAGCAGAGGGUGGAACUYGGCUUUCGAUGACUGCAAUGAAGUGGCUGACUCUCGUCAUGUACACCUAAAAGAAAAUCAAGACUCAACAGAGCUGGUGCCCAUGUUCUUCUCAGCAGGACA